CAGCUGUUUGAACGUUCCAAUUUGUGCCGUGAGCCCCGCCGCAGCGGCGGCACAGACUCAAAGCCCGGCGGGCGAGCUCAGCAGCCCGGAGCGACCGCGGCCCCGCCGCCUCCCCCGCGAGCCCCCGCGAGCCCCCGCGAUGCGGCCUGGCCUGUGAGCUGCCGGCGACCCUGGGACGCCCCGCCGCACAACUACCUCAACGCCGUGCCGCCCCCCUCCCGCCCCCAGGGAAUCUCUGCAGAUUGGUUCACGUUUUGUGGUCCUGACCCCUUCUGUCCUCACUGUACCUUGGAGUCCUAGAGUCCAAUAAAAUCGCUGCCUCCCAGCUGUUUGGAUCACAGAGAGGUUUUUGCACUGCCAUAGGGUGCCCCCGUGAGGCCACUUCGCCCCCCACCAUGUUCCAGCGCCUCACCAGCCUCUUCUUCAGCACCCCCUCGCCGCCUGAAGACCCCGACUGCCCCCGCGCCUUCGUGUCGGAGGAGGAUGAAGUGGACGGUUGGCUCAUCAUUGACCUGCCGGACAGCUACGCGGCUCCACCCAGCCCCGGGGCCGCCUCUGCCCCCGCGGGCCGCCCUCCGCCCGCGCCCUCCUUGAUGGACGAGAGCUGGUUUGUUACCCCUCCCGCCUGUUUUACUGCAGAGGGGCCUGGACUCGGUCCCGCCCGCCUCCAGAGCAGCCCCCUGGAGGACCUCCUCAUCGAGCACCCCAGCAUGUCCGUUUACGUCACCGGCAGCACCAUAGUGCUGGAGCCCGGGCCCCCUUCCCCGCUCCCGGACGCGGCCCUGCCAGACGGCGACCUCAGCGAAGGGGAGUUGGCGCCCGCCCGCCGCGAGCCCCGGGCCGCGCGCCACGUCGCUCCUCUCCCAGCGCGGGCGGCGCUGCUGGAAAAGGCGGGCCAGGUGCGGCGGCUGCAGCGGGCCCGGCAGCGGGCGGAGCGCCACGCGCUGAGCGCCAAGGCGGUGCAGCGACAGAACCGAGCCCGCGAGAGCCGUCCGCGCCGAUCCAAGAACCAGGGCAGCUUCAUCUACCAGCCGUGCCAGCGCCAGUUUAACUACUGAGCGUCCACCGGCCGCGCCGCGAACCCCUUGCUGACUCCCGAUCCCUGUCGGGCUCCUCCGACGCCUCGGGCUGGACACCGAAACCUCCCUUCUUAAAGCGUGUGAGGUUAGGUGAUAGCCGACACCCUCAAUAUCCCCAUCUCUGAUCGUCUAAUCUGCCUCUGAACCCCUUCAAGCCCCCUUCACCCUCACUCCUUCUGGCCCCCAUACCCAGCAUCUAAUCAUCCAUGCCCCCUACUCCUGACCCCUCCAUCCUUUCUUCUCCGGUCCCCAUCCCUGUCUUUCCCCUUCACCCUUGCCCUUCAGUCCUCUACCUCUGGCCCACCCCUAUUUCUGAAAGCUUCUUCCAGUCCCUGAUCUAGCUCAUUCCUCACUUUCACCUCCCACCUUACAUGAGUCACACUAUCCCAUGGUUGGCAUUACACUUAUUCCUGUUCCCUUGUUCUUCAUUCCCAGUAAUUCCCUCCCAAAUGGUGGGGACCCUGAGCCCAGCUCUGACCAGCUAGAGCCUUUGCAGCCUGGGCUGCUGUCAUUGCCCUCUAGUAAGGGCUCAGGGUUUUGCUAAUUUUAGUCUCCCCUUCCUUCUGCCUUGGGGACGGUACUCUGUGGAGCUACUUAGGCCUGGAAAGGUACAGUAUGUAGAAGAGGACUGUGAGAUGUGAGUUAGAGGGAGAAGACGGAGGGAAUCUAGGGAACGAGGCAGCCUAUUGGAGAUGCGGACAGGACAGACACGUUGAGAAGCUGCAGGGAGCAGGGCACCAAGGGAGUGUGCACUGUGCUUGCUCAGAGAGGCCAAACCCUGCUCCCAGGCUGAAGCCUGGAGUCUGCCCCCACUUCCCUUUUCUAUAAUCCACCCUUGUGCAGGUCCCGGAAUCUGAAGGGCUUAGUCAGUACCUUGCCACUCUACCCCUGACAUGUCACCCGAGUAGAAGCUGGGCAAGGCCCCACCAUCCUGGCCAUCUUUUCACAAGCCCAAGGUGCUAGAACUAGCUUAGGAGACAUGCAGGCCACACGGCUUCUAGGCAGGGAAAGGGCACACACUCUAGGUCAGCAUGCAGAGCAGUGAUGCUGGAGGACACACCAUGGGGUGAAGUCAUCCCAAGGCUGACAGCUCAGCUUUCACCUUGCCUCUGGCCUUGUAUUUCACACCCUGCUCAGUAUGGCUAGCCAGCAAUCCUAAGUAGGAGUCCAGGACCCCUACUGUCCCAAUCCGCAAAUUGUUCCUAUCCAGGUUCAGGGCCUUCAGGGGGCCUCUUUUCAUUUUCUCCCACAGGCCUCUCUUUCUUUCUAGGUUGCUGGGGAGAGAUGGGUGCCCUAUGGUCCUCCUCCCCUCCUCCUCCAGUAAGUACCUGGAGGAGGGAACCUGAAUCCCUGGGGGAGACAGACGGGGCAGGGGCCACCGGCCUCCCCCUUCUUGCGGUGAGACUGAAUUUUGGGCUCAGACACCAGCAACAGCCUCCUGGGAUGCCCCGAGUUGCUUCCCAUUUCCUCUUUCUAGCCACCCUUUUCUAGUGUGUGCCCACUCUUCCUUGGAACUUUUAAGACUUCUUGGUACAUAUGAACAUAAGUCCUCCACUCACCCCAACUCUAGGUUUCCAGGCCUCCCAGCCAAGCUGAGGCUUGGAGAAAACUCUGCAUUCCCAUGAGGGCAAAGGCAGCUGCCCUCCCUGACCCUCUAGCCCCAGGCCUCAUGGGGGAUAUGUGGGGAAGGGAUGGGGUAUCCCCAUGGAUGCUAGGAUGAGGACAGAGGAAUACCUGAUGGGGUCUCCUAUUCCAGGGAAUAAGCCAAAUUAACACUAAAAACGGAUCAAAGCUCCCACGCCAGUCCACUAGGGCCCCAGUAGUUGACAGCCUUGCUCCUCUCCCCAAGUUCUCCUUCAGUUACAACCUAGUUGCUUUUAUUCUUCCAAAGCUACCACUUGGGCACUUCACAGCCAGCCUAGGGUCUUCGGCACCUCCAAGAGCUGAAACUCCCUCCAACCCUUCUUGCCUACUCCUCACUGCCAGCUGGGACCUAGGCUCAGUCCUUUGUGGUGCCCAUGAUCCUUCUGGUGGGGGAAGAGUUUAAGUUAUAGGGCAUUUGGCUCAAAUUUUAAAAGGCCUUUUCUUUACAUGUAUUUCUGGAGGCUCCUGUAGUUCUAGAACCCAAUCUCUCACGUGGCAGGUUGCAAGGCUAUUUUUUUGUACCUUUCCUAUAGAUUCUGUAGCAUUUGAGUGUGGCAAUAUUUUAAUUGUGUAUAGAUUUCUAAAAACCAACACUACUCAGUCUCCUGCUAGUCUGACUCCUGAAGCAUCAGCCCUUGUCAUACUGUAUUGACUGUGUACGUGCCUUUCACCUUGAGCAUGCUUCAGGAUUUUUUUUUUUUAAACCACAGAACUUGAAUAUAUGAGGGAACCAGAGUUCAAAGUCCUAUGCAACCUUAGGAGGGGGUUAGAGACUCUGUUUUGAUCGAUGUUUUCAGAGGCCCUAGAGUUUGUACCAGUUUGUGAGUAUUAAUGUCAGUACUACCAGCACUUUGCCAAAACUGUGUCAGAGGGACCCCUCUUUCUAGAGUGAGUCCCAGUUACAUCAAAGAGUGACUUCCAGUUAUUCCCCAGUUAAGUCUGAGUGGGUCCUUCAAGCUGGGUGUCUUUCCAGCCUUUGCCAGUCUAGUCCCAGCAGGGCACCGUGUAUGAAUGCAGUUUGGUGCUGUUUUAGAGUAUGCCUGCUCCCCAGCCCCCUGCCUGGAACCUUCUAAUCAACUUGCUCUGACCUAUAAUGUCUUAGGUGCAAUAAGGACCCCAUCAGAGCUCUUGGAUACCCCCCUAGAUCCAUGUGGCUUUACAUGAGGGGACUGAAUGCAGACACACCAUAGCCCCCUUCUACUACUUUCCCUCUCGCCCUGCCACCUAGUUCCACAUGGAACCAACAAGUUGAGUGCAUCCCUGUUGGAUGUUUUGAGACUGGCUGAAAUGAGGAGAUUUUGACCAUGUGACGUGUCAACAGACUCAAGGAAACAACCACCUCAACUGGGUCAUGUGGCAUGCCUGUGUGUGUGUGUAACAGAAUUCUGAUUGUUAGACUGUAAUGCUAUUCCUCUAUGGGAGAAAAAAAUUAAUAUAAAGAAAAACAAAUAAAAAUCUAUUUAAAGCACAUGA